GACCAAUUAAGACGUCUGUUUUGUUAUUGGCAGAUGUUUCAAUCAACGUUAUUUUUGUUGGUGACAUAAGUUUUGCUCGUUGUGUGAAGAAGUAUGUUGAUCAUGGAUACAAUAAUUACAAUGAUACUAUGACAAAAAUCGCGGGAAUUAUCAGAGAAUCAGAUAUUGCUGUUGGAAACCUCGAAUCGCCGUUGGUGACUAAAGUGAUGCUAAAAUAUAGGUUUAACGGCCGAAAACAAGUCUUUAUACACGCUGACUAUCGUAGUGCGACUGCGCUACA